AUGGAAGGCACAAUCGUGAACUUGCCGGAAUUCAUUCGAAUCAAAAAGAAGUACAAUGCCUAUUUAUUCUUGGAUGAGGCGCACAGCGUUGGUGCCCUAGGACCAACUGGCAAAGGCGUAGUGGAGUACUGGGGGUGCAACGCGCGAGAUGUAGAUGUAAUGAUGGGAACGUUGACUAAGAGUUUUGCGGCAGCCGGAGGGUACAUGGGUGGAACGAAGGCUGUGAUUGAUCAUAUACGUCGAUAUUCGGCCGGUCCUUGCUAUGGAGCUGCAAUGUCUCCUCCAAUAAUUGCUCAGGUUUUGAGCAGUAUGAAGGUGAUGUGCGGCGAGGAUGGAACAGAUAUCGGUGCUCGCAAAGCCGUACAACUGCUCAGAAAUUCACGUUAUUUCCGUCGACGGUUGAAGCAGAUGGGAUUCCUCAUUUAUGGCCAUGAAGACAGCCCUGUUGUGCCGCUAAUGACGUUUCAUAUCACAAAAGUAGUGUGA